CUUUGCCUUGCCAGCCUGCUGUUGCCAUGGGUAUACCAGCCUUCGUACUCGCUGGUCUCUUUGUGCAUUGUGUGUUCUUGGUCUCCAUUUUUGACAUCUACUUCAGCUCUCCCCUGGUUCAUGGUAUGACUCCUCAGCAGACUCCACUGCCACCUCCAGCAAAACGUCUCGUACUCUUUGUUGCUGAUGGUCUGCGGGCAGAUUCACUGUAUGAAUUGAACAGCAACAAUGCGCCCCAAGCACCUUAUCUGCGGGGUAUUCUAGAGAAUAAUGGCAGCUGGGGAAUCUCUCACACCCGAGUCCCGACAGAAUCCAGGCCUGGGCACGUUGCACUUAUAGCUGGCUUUUAUGAAGAUGUCAGUGCAGUUGCUAAAGGAUGGAAGGAGAAUCCAGUGGAAUUCGACUCUGUUUUCAACGAAAGUAAAUAUACUUGGAGCUGGGGAAGCCCAGAUAUUUUGCCAAUGUUUGCAAAAGGUGCUACUGGAGAUCAUGUUUAUACAUUUUGUUACACGGCAGAAAGUGAAGACUUUGGAGCACAAGAUGCAGCCAAGCUUGACAUGUGGGUUUUUGAUCAUGUUAAGAGCUUCUUUAAUUCUUCCAGAGGUAAUCAAACGUUGUUCUCUGCACUGAAUGAAGAGAAGGUGGUUCUGUUCCUGCAUUUGCUAGGCAUAGACACAAAUGGACAUGCUCAUCGGCCAAAUUCAAGGGAAUACAAGGAAAAUAUUAAAACAGUUGAUGAGGGUGUAAAAGAAAUUGCUUCGAUGAUUGACAAUUUCUAUGGAAAUGAUGGAAAAACUGCAUUUAUUUUAACUUCUGACCAUGGAAUGACAGAUUGGGGAUCGCAUGGAGCUGGUCAUCCCUCAGAAACUUUAACACCACUGAUUGUUUGGGGUGCUGGGGUGAAUUAUCCACAGAAAGUCACAUCUCAGUUCUUCAAAGACAAUUUUUUGAAAGAAUGGAAACUGGAGAACUUGAAGAGGCUGGAUGUCAAUCAGGCCGAUAUAGCACCACUGAUGGCUUCCCUUAUCGGUGUGCCUUUCCCUCUGAAUUCUGUGGGAACUCUGCCUUUGGAAUAUCUGAACAAUAGUGCUCAUUUCAAAGCAGAGAGCAUGUUUACCAACGCUGUUCAGAUUCUUGAGCAAUUUAAGGUUAAGAUGAGUCAGAAAAAGGAAACUACACUGUCAUUUCUGUUCACACCAUUCACACCACUUUCUGAUUCUGAACAGAUCAACUUUUUAAAGAAAACAAGACUAUAUAUUCAGCAGCAGAAGUACGAUGAAGCG